AUGGCGCUGGAAGAUUUCUUCACCUUAUCUGAGAUGAAAGAUGGGCUUGCUAAUCUUGUCAGAGUCGAAGAGCUACUCUCCAUCAUGCACAAUCAGAAGGACAGCAUUAGAAAUAUCGUAGGGGAUGCGGCCAGACAGUGGGCAACCGUUGCCAACAUCAUUGCUGCCACAGAGAGAAAGGACUGUCUUGAUCACUUUAUACGGCUGAAUGGGCUCUCGUACCUGAACCACUGGCUGCAGGAGGCUCAGAAGCAGAGUGACGACAACAGUGACUCCUCCACAGAGGAGUUGAUCAGCGCAACACUCCGGGCCCUCGAGAGGCUCCCCGUGGAGAGGGAUGCGUCUUCUGCCUCUGGAAUUGGGGUGACAAUCAAACAGCUCCAUGGCUAUGGGAGAGGCGAAAAUAUCCAAGAAAAGGUGGAAUCUCUGUCCCUGAAGUGGAGCCUCUCUGAGGAUAGCGACAUGAACUGUCAGCCUGCAGAUGGAGAAGUAGCAUCCUGUAAUGAUGGGCUGAAGUCUUCGCCUCAGGCACCGGGGGAGGAGCAGCAGCAGCAGGAGGAGGAGGAGGAGGGUGUGCAGUCGGCAGAUCCAGCUCUUGGGGUUCCUCCUUCUGAUGAUCUGCCUGAUGAAGGUGUGGCAGAUGAGAGCGUGACUAACCAGAAAUCAUCUGAUCAAUCUUCCCCUUGUGACCUCUCAAACGCUGUGGACAAGGAUGGAGCUUCAGCGGAAGUCAACGCGCAAAGUUCUUCACCUGCACCCGCUCCCAGUCAAGAGAACCUCCCCACAGCCGAGCCUGUCCUUGCUGCAUCAGGUUCGGCAUCAACUGCCCCAUCCCCUCCUCCGGAGGCUGGAGACAAAGACGCUGACGAAAAAUCCGACGCCUCCGAUGGAAACGAUGCAUCUAACGGGGUCGAAGAUAUGGAUAUCGAGGUGAAUAUGAAAGAACCGAGCCCAUGUGCCAGCAGCCCGAACGACGUCCCCUACAUUUCUCCUGAGACUUCUCUCCGCAAGAUGGAUGUCAUGGGCAAAUCCAGCGACGGCAAGGCGACAGGAAAUGAGCCCGGCUUGAAGGCGGAGAAGAGCGUGGAGUCCAAGAUCUCAAGUGCCUCCUCGAAAAGAUCAGUUAAUGCAAAAGCUGUUGUUAGUGAGUUAAAGCAGGGAAGAUCAGAGAUCGGGCUCGACUACGGAGAGAUUGACGCGCUGGAGGUUGCAAGGCAGGUCGCCAUUGAGGUAGAACGAGAGGUUGUGGACUACAGAGAGCCUUUCUGCAGCUCUUCUCCCGAAGUGACCUCUGGAGGCGAGAAUAUGGACUCCAGCAGCAUAGAUCUCGCAGAGAACACCACCAGGGGGGGGGCUGGCAGCGAAGAGCGGAAUGAAAAUGGGUCCUCCAGCAAAAAGGAUGUCUCUGAGGACUCCUCUUCAAAGGACAGCACCAGGAACUCAGAUGCUGCAGCGGGCGUUAAAAAAUCGGCCGCCGAGCCAGCCUCACCCAAGUCGGUCUCUUCAGUUCACGAGUCUGUCGGCAAUUCUGAAAAGAAGACGUGUGAUUUUGAUCUGAACGAGGACUUCUGCUCCGAGGAAGCUGACUGCCCGAUGGCUCCGACGGCAGCUCCGGCCACCAACUUGUCCACCCCGAUCCCUGUGGCGGCACCAAAGGGGGCGGCGGCCUUACCGGUCACCCCGCUACACUUUGAGGGGGAGCUGGGCUGGCGGGGCUCUGCCGCCACCAGCGCCUUCCGACCAGCCUCCCCUCGGAGAACCCCGGAUGGCGAGAGAUCCCUGUCAGGCCCGAAGCAGAAGGCCGCCUUCUUCACGAUCGACUUGAACAUAGCAGAUGGUGAGGACAAUGAGGAUUCUGCAGUCAAUAAUAACCUGCUAGAUGGGCGCUCCUCCAGCAUCCCUUCGGACAAGUCCUCCAUGGAGAUGAGCUCUCGAGCAGACAGGCUGAAGCUGGACCUUAACCGCAGCGAGGACGAGGAUAUCAUCCCGAACCAGGCCUCCUACUGGAGGCCCCCCUACCACCAGCACCACCAGAACGGCAACCGCUGCACGUCCCCUGCCUCAUCGUCCUCUUCAAGGCAGCCCUCGUUGAGGGAUUUUGAUCUCAAUGAUGACCCGUCGACAUUCGAUGCAUGCGGAUCAAGCAGCCUCGGCAUAUCAACUUCCAAGGAGUCGGCCGCCUACAGAGGCUACAACAAAUUUGAGGAUCCGGCGGCGGUCACGAUCAUGGGCUCGAGGAUGGCGGUCGAAAGGAGGGAUCUCGCCGCCCAGCAGACUCAACGGGCCACCUUCUCAGGGAGCAGCAGCGGGCUUUGCUUGGACUCUGGGGCUGCCACCAGAGGAGCAUCGGCACCAUACCCCCCUAUGCCACCGCAUGGGUUUAGCUACCACGGGCUUCAAAUGGGGCCUGCCAUGUCCAUCCUGCCGCCCUUUUAUGGGCCUGGCUCCAUCCCCUACAUGGUGGACUCAAGCGGCACUGCCGUCGUGCCCCAGAUACUGAGCUCACCAGGGCUCGGUGCCACCGGAGGCAGCAGUGGCGGCAGCGGUGGCAGGCCGCCUUUUUUCAUGAGUGUGGUCGGCCCCCCGUCGGGGCUGAACAUGGUCGGCGGUGGUGGCCCGAGGCCCGGCCUGGAUCUGAAUUCUGGCGCUGCUCACGGUGGCGAAGGCGGUGGCGGCAGGGAGAUCAUUGGGAAUUUCAAGCAUAUGCAGGGGAGCAGCGGGUUUAUGGAGGACCGGGUGGCGUCUGCCUCCCAGAUGCCUGCAGGGUCGGGCAUGGUAUUGAAACGGAAGGAGCCAGAAUGCGGCUGGGAUCCGCCUUACACAUUUGGGUGCAAGCAAGCGACCUCAUGGCAGUAG